CACCCUGUGUGCUUGUAGACAGUUUUUCCAGCUAACAAAGCGCCUCUUGACUUGAAGUUAUUUUGGCAACUGAUUUCAUAAGAAAGCUAAUUUGAACAACGUGACGAAGCUGCUUUAAGAUGGGAGCUGCAUUGGGACUUUGUUCCGCGGCACAGUGUGCACUCUGCUGCACAGGAACGGCCGCCUCCAUGUGCUGUUCUGCUUGCCCGAGCUGCAAGAAUUCCUCCUCUUCACGAUUCAUGUACGCUUUCAUGUUGUUGGUGGGGACGGUAUUGGGGGCCAUAGCUUUGUCGCCUGGAUUACAGGACGUGCUCCGGAAGUUGCCGUUCUGCAUUAAUUCCACGUCUACGUACAGCUCCAAGGCCGUGGACGCUUUCUCGGGCGGAUCGCUGGAGGUUGACUGCGAAUAUGCCCUCGGCUAUAUGGCAGUUUAUCGUAUCUGUUUUGGCAUGGCUUGCUUCUUUGCACUUAUGGCGUUCAUGAUGAUGGGAGUUCGGAGCUCACGUGAUCCGCGUUCCCAUAUACAGAAUGAAUUCUGGCCACUAAAAUUCUUGAUAUGCUUUGGUGCGACCAUUGGCGCUAUAUUUAUACCGAAUGAAUCCUUUGGUCCGGCCAUGAUGUGGGUGGGCUUAAUUGGUGGCUUGGCCUUUAUACUCGUCCAGCUAAUUAUAAUUGUGGAUUUUGCACACAGCAUUGCGGAGCGUUGGAUAGAGAGUGCUGAGAAUAGUCGGGGAUAUUAUUAUGCGCUGGCUGGCGUUACACUCAUCUGCUACAUCUUAUCUCUAACUGGCAUUACUAUGCUCUACAUCUACUUUACCACUGCUUCUGGCUGUGGCAUUAAUAAGUUCUUUAUCUCCAUCAAUCUGAUAUUUUGCUUGAUUAUCAGUGUGCUGUCGGUUUUGCCGGCUGUGCAGGAGCGCUUGCCACAUUCGGGUCUUUUGCAGAGCUCGUUGGUCACUUUGUAUACCAUCUAUUUAACUUGGUCUGCCGUUGCUAACAAUCCACAGAAAUCUUGCAAUCCCGGUAUGUUUGGGAUGAUGGAGGGUGUGUCCAAUACUACAAUUGCGCCGCCCACUCAGCACUCUAAGGUUACUUUCGACACCACCAACAUCAUUGGUUUGAUUGUCUGGCUAUUCUGCAUACUCUAUAAUUGCAUUACAUCGGCUGUCGAGGUUUCCAAUAUAAGCUCCGAUCACAGUGAGAAGAGAGUUUUAACAGAAGCUUUAUCAGACACAGAGACUGGCAAUGCCGGCGGUAAGCCAAACACCGAUAAUGAAACCGAAGGCGUCACCUACAACUGGUCCCUCUUCCACAUUGUUUUUGUCUGCGCUUCUCUUUAUAUCAUGAUGACGUUGACUAAUUGGUAUAAACCAAAUUCUGACAUCGAACUAUUUAAUGCGAAUGAAGCUUCUAUGUGGGUCAAGAUUAUAUCCAGUUGGAUAGGCGUUUUCAUCUAUGGCUGGAGUCUGGUGGCGCCCAUUAUUUUGACCAAUCGGGAUUUUAGUUAAAUCGCUUGAUUUAUUUAGUAUCUUAAAGUUUUAUCCAUAUACUUAGGAGUGGUGCUGAAAAUGCCAAACGGAACGAAAGUAUUGAGCAGUGCUGCAGUCAAGAGAUUGGCCAUACUUAUAUAAAACACAUAUACAUACGAUAUGAUAGUAAUGGACUCUUAACGUUAUUUACUCAUUACUCAAGAAGACGUAAAAGCGGAACUUAAACUUAUCUCAAAUUACAGAAGUUAUAAAUACAUAUUAUACAAAAAAGUCUUUUGUGAAAUUAAAUAAAAUGUAAUCAAACUUGAUGCUCUUCACGCGUUAA